CAUUUUCAAACCAAACCUAAAACCUGUUUUAGUUUAUCCUGCUUUUACACGUCAAGAUGGAUUUUUAUGGUCUUACCUUUUUAGGGGAUUGUAAUUACUUCCAUGAAAUAAUUAGAGAAGAUUAUGAAGAACCGAAAAAGCUGCCAGACUUGAAAUAUAUUUUAGAAUCCCGUUUAGCUCGAGAACCAAAGAAAACGUUGAGUGAAGUUUAUAAUAUGCUUGAUCCAUAUUUGAAAGUGGGCGAUGGAUUUUCAUAUAGUAGUUAUGAACGCCUGGAUAAACAAAGAAAAAAAUGUUUAUUAAAACCUGUUGGUCCAGCGGAUAUCUAUCGAGUUGCUCCAACCUCUGGACAAGAAAUUGGAUUUUGGAUUAACGAUAAAUCUUUGAAAGAUGCACAGUGGACGAAACAUGAGAAAUUUUUCGGAUCUCGUCACAGUGAUAUGACAAAAACCAAAGAUAAAAUCCUAAAAACCAAUCCACUACUCGACUGGUGAAAAACACUUCCAACCUAUGAUUUAAAGAGAGUUUAGACUUUGGCGCUCUUUGAAGCGGAUAUCCGCUUCAUAACCAAAUCAUAUGUUCCGAUUUCACAAGAUGUCGGAAAGUUGAGAGUUAUUGACAGAUUCAAAAGCUGUUUAUGUAAACAUAUUUCUUGUCCCAAGUGUAAAAAAAUCAUUAUUUUGUAAUUAGUGAACUUCAAUAAACCUCAUUAUAAGAUCGUUUUUUACUAAAAUUGCGAAACUCAGAUAUUUCCGAGGCGUAAGAGAGGCGGAGAAUCAUUUUACCUCUGGAACGUAAAAGAGUUCUUUUAUCAAUGAAACUCUUUCUGAGAUGUCUUACACUGAACUGGAACAUGGCUAUCAGGGUCUUCGGGGCGCAAGCCGACCGUUAUUUUACGUAGGAGACCUUAACGUAGUUCAGCCUUCCCUCGUGGGUCCAGUGGGAUCUUCUAUUUAUCUCGAGACAAAUCGAAGCGAGCUGUCGGACGGGUGUGUUAGUGAAGAUGGGUGCCUGGAGGGCGAUUUGGAGGGGGAGGGUAAGCAGGUUUUGGUGGGAGUAUGUGCUAUGGCCAAAAAAUCUCAGAGUAAACCGAUGAAGGAAAUUUUGACCCGGUUAGAAGAAUUUGAGUACAUCAAAAUCAUCGUUUUUGCAGAAGAAGUAAUUUUAAAGGAACCAGUGGAAGAUUGGCCUAUAGUAGACUGUUUAAUAAGCUUCCAUAGUAAGGGUUUUCCCCUUGAAAAAGCCAUUAGUUAUGCUAAUCUAAGAAAUCCCUUCAUUAUCAACAAUCUUCCCAUGCAGUAUGAUAUUCAGGAUCGAAGAAGAGUUUAUGCAAUUUUGGAAAGCGAAGGCAUCGAAAUUCCUCGAUAUGCAGUUCUCGACAGAGAUUCCCCCGAUCCAAAACAUCUUAUUUUAGAUCACGAACUGGUUGAGUCGGAGGAUCACGUGGAAGUUAAUGGAGUCACAUUUAACAAGCCGUUUGUGGAAAAACCCGUAUCUGCUGAAGAUCACAACAUAUAUAUUUAUUAUCCUACUUCCGCAGGUGGAGGCAGUCAAAGAUUAUUUAGAAAGAUAGGUAGUCGUAGUAGCGUAUACUCGCCAGAAUCACGAGUUCGUAAAACUGGCUCUUACAUUUACGAAGAUUUUAUGCCCACCGAUGGUACCGACGUCAAAGUUUAUACAGUUGGUCCCGACUAUGCACAUGCAGAAGCUAGAAAAAGUCCGGCUCUCGAUGGUAAAGUUGAGAGGGACUCGGAAGGAAAAGAAAUUCGAUAUCCAGUUAUUCUGAGCAAUGCAGAAAAGCUUAUCAGCAGAAAAGUCUGCUUGGCUUUCAAACAAACUGUUUGUGGGUUUGACCUGCUCAGGGCUAAUGGUCAGUCGUUUGUAUGUGAUGUAAAUGGAUUCAGUUUUGUGAAAAAUUCCAAUAAAUACUACGACGAUUGUGCAAAAAUCUUAGGGAAUAUGAUUCUCCGAGAACUUGCACCGACCUUGCACAUUCCAUGGAGUGUUCCAUUUCAAUUGGACGAUCCACCCAUUGUGCCUACUACUUUCGGAAAAAUGAUGGAAUUGCGGUGUGUGGUAGCAGUAAUCAGACACGGAGACAGAACUCCGAAGCAGAAAAUGAAAGUAGAAGUGCGACACCCAAAGUUUUUUGAAAUAUUUGCAAAAUACGAUGGCUACAAACACGGACACGUAAAGCUUAAACGGCCGAAACAACUUCAAGAAAUUUUAGAUACUGCUCGUAGUUUACUGGCAGAAAUACAACACCGAGCAGCUGGUCCUGAAUUAGAGGAAAAGCAAGGAAAGCUUGAGCAGCUGAAGAGCGUUUUGGAAAUCAUACAAAAGUACGGUCAUUUCUCAGGAAUAAAUCGAAAAGUACAAAUGAAGUACCAACCGAGAGGAAGACCCAGGGGUAGUUCCUCGGAUGAUGGUAGUGAUCGUCUCGGAGAGCCUUCCUUGGUUUUGAUUUUAAAGUGGGGCGGAGAAUUAACCCCUGCUGGAAGAAUCCAGGCUGAGGAACUGGGGCGAAUUUUUCGCUGCAUGUAUCCUGGUGGUCAAGGUAGACACCUUAGUGAGGAUGACUCAGAGAUGUUACCAAAUUACGGCGAAUAUGCUGGGGCACAAGGCUUAGGUCUCCUUAGAUUGCAUUCAACAUUCCGACACGAUCUAAAAAUUUACGCAAGUGAUGAGGGAAGAGUGCAGAUGACAGCUGCUGCUUUUGCAAAAGGACUAUUGGCUUUGGAGGGCGAACUUACUCCUAUUUUGGUUCAAAUGGUCAAAAGUGCAAACACCAAUGGUUUACUGGAUAAUGAUUGCGAUAGUAGCAAGUACCAGAAUAUGGUGAAAACUCGUUUACACGAAUUACUCCAGCAAGAUCGAGAAUUCACUCGUGAAGAUCGAGAUGAAAUAAAUCCUGGUAAUGUCUUAAGUAUUAACGCUGCUUUAGAAUUUGUUAAAAAUCCAGUGAAGUGCUGUCAGCAUGUUCAGUCAUUAAUUCAAAAACUGAUGGAUAUCGUUCGAAUUAAAAAGGACGAUCUGAAAACAAAAGACGCUAUACUUUAUCAUGGAGAAACGUGGGAACUGAUGGGUCGUCGUUGGGGAAAAAUCGAAAAAGAUUUUUGUACAAAGCACAAGCGUUUUGAUAUUUCCAAGAUACCCGAUAUCUACGAUUGUAUCAAAUACGAUCUUCAGCAUAAUAAUCACACCUUACAGUUCGAUCAUGCUGAAGAAUUAUAUAUUUAUGCUAAAUACCUAGCCGAUAUUGUCAUACCUCAGGAAUACGGAUUAACCGUUCAAGAAAAACUGACAAUCGGUCAAGGAAUUUGUACUCCCCUUUUGAAAAAGAUCAGAGCGGAUCUUCAAAGGAAUAUUGAAGAAUCUGGUGAAGAAACUGUUAACAGACUCAAUCCAAGAUAUUCGCAUGGAGUUUCAAGUCCAGGACGUCACGUGAGGACAAGACUCUAUUUUACAAGUGAAAGUCAUGUACAUUCAUUACUUACAGUCUUGCGAUAUGGAGGUUUACUUGAUGUGGUAAAAGACGAACAAUGGAGACGAGCUAUGGAAUAUGUGAGCAUGGUUUCCGAAUUGAAUUACAUGUCUCAAAUUGUUGUUAUGCUCUAUGAGGACCCAACAAAAGAUCCAAGUAGCGAAGAGCGCUUUCAUGUCGAGUUGCAUUUUAGUCCUGGUGUGAAUUGCUGUGUGCAAAAAAACUUGCCACCAGGACCUGGAUUUAGACCCCAUUCUCGCAAUGAAAGUAGCCACAAUCUUGUAAGAAAACCGAAAUUGGGUGAAGUGAGCUCUAAUCAAGAUAAUACGUCACAAUGUAGUACUCGAAUUGAAGAGGAAGAUUCUGAUUUAGUAGUUUUAGAAGACGCCGAGAAGAAUCCUGAGCGCAAACCUAUUAAAACCCCACCACUCAUGGAAGUCAAUUCGGUUGAUUCCAAUUUGGAUAGUCCAACUACUAGUAGAAAUAUCGACAUGAUGGAUUUAGAUCCUAAUAUGAUGGAUGAACCAUUCGACAGUGGCUUUUUACAAAGCUCUGCUCCAAUUCCAAUCAGUGCUCGAACAGUGGCAGGCCACGAGGCAGCACGAUUGGGUAGUCAAUUAGCAGCAAGUCAAAGAAUAAGAAGGGAAAGAGAAGCUAGUGUGAUUUGCGAACCUCGAGCUCGCAGUUACGAUCAUCAAAGGCAGGAGAAACCAGAAAAGACUGCGGACAAGCUGCAGUAUCAGAGCUUGGACGCGGUCAACAGAGAAGCGCCAACAUUAGCUGAAGCUUCAUGUAGCCUAAAUGUGCCAAAGUAUUUUGGAAAGCCCGUGUCUCUCGCACACUCUAUCAGUUCUCCAGAGUUGCCUAUCCCUAUACUAGAGUUGCCUCCUGAUAUCCCAAGUCCCAUAAUCACUCUGCAUAGCACUCCUCUAGCUUCACCCACUGCCAAUACACCCCCAGGAGACGAUACUUACGAAACUAUUAUCUUGAACGACACUUUCGAGAUCUCACCACAGUACCUGUUACCUAAGAAAUAUGGGCGAUCCCAUUCUGAGAUGAUUCUGCCGAAUUUAGAGAUCCGGGCAAGGCGCCACCGUCACAGUAUCUCUGGGCAGAUGAGUUAUUUCAAGCUGUUGGGCUACAACGUUAGCAAGAAACUUACCGGGUCAGCGAAUAGCCUCUUCAGCACGGCUGUUAUUAGCGGAUCCUCCAGCGCUCCCAAUCUCAAAGAUAUGGUUCCAGCUCAUGCUUCUGCUGUUGCUGCUAUAGAAGGGUUCGGCGGAGUUCCACCAAUCAGACCCUUGGAAACUUUACACAACGCUUUGUCUUUAAGACAAUUGGAUGCAUUUUUGGAAAUGAUGACCAGCGCGCCUUUAUUCCGAACGCCAGCAUCUUCACCACCGAAAUUCCCAUCACCUGGUGGUUCAAUUCACAGAUCCAUGGUCCCGCAUCUCAACAUUGCAGGGAUCAAUCGCGAGUACCACUCUUCCGGUCUGGAAGCUGUCAGGCUCAGUCGAUUUCUAUCUAGGGCAUAUAUUAAUAGAUAUAUAACACCAACGCUACUACAGUACAAACCAGGGGCUGAUAACGACACGAUUGAUAUCAGAAAUCAGACCUCGCCUACGAGUCCAAACAGUGCUGGAUGGGGUAGCGAACCACCCUCCUUCUUAUCGUCAGAACCAUCUUCUCCAGCUCCAACCUCGGCAGGAGAAAGCAGCAUGUCCAUAAGCUUAAUCAGUAUCGAUGGAUCUCAGCCUCUAAACCCAGGUUCUAAAUUCUCGACAAAUCCUCGUUUGGAUCUAGACUUCCACGAUUUUUGUGUGACUAUCGAUCAAGAUAAUCGAGAGAGUCGAGGCAGUGUUUCGUACACUGAUUACUAUAGCAACGAAGAUGGUCAAAUUCGUAAAAGUGGGAACGGGAGUACUUUUCCGUUUAUACAAGCUCAGGCUGAUUCUGAAGAUGUGUCAGAUGACGCGGAUCAUUUAGACGAUGAAGAGGAUCACACCUUGACUCUGAGGCAGAGCGAUGAGCAAAAAAAACAAGAUCUCAAGUCCAUUUUCGAACAAAAGGAUCAUCCUGGUAGCAAAUCUAGCAAUUACAAAAAGAUUGGAAGAUUCCGUGUGGAAAGUAUGGACAUCGCAGAUGACGACGUAAGAAUCAAAGAAACCUGUUCCCUGAGUUCAAGUUUCACAACCGAUAAAAGUAAGACAAGUUUCCUACAAAGGUCAGAAUCCGUGGCUACAGAAAAAAUAACUUCCUACGAUAUUCGUGGGAAAGAUAACUCAUUUUUGAAGAGCCUUAGAAUUAUCGGUAACAGUUCUGCUUCUGCAAAAAAGAAAGAAUUCCUGCGUUCCCAGAGCGUUUCGAAUCCCAAAAUUUGCAGCACCAAACAUGAUAUUAAUUAUGGUAGCAACUAUGCUCGUCUCGCGCAGCAGAGCUCGUUUUCCACAAUGACGACCGACGAUUUAAAAAAUUGGAAACCUUCCAAAAACGAUCCCGUCUCUCCUAUGUUUUCCCCAAAAGAGAAUCAGGAAGAACAACCGGUAUUGACAUUAGCUAGCAAUUUGAAGGACAGUUCGCACAUAACUGUAGGAUUCAACUUGCCAGAAGAGAGAAAAGAGUAGUUUUUGCAUAAUUGUCCUUCACUUUUCUUGAUUAAAAGCGCCUAAUUUUAUCAAAUUAAGAGCAGAUACUUUAAUGGAAAAUUUGGUAAAAUUUCAAAGUUGCAGAAUCAGGUGGCAUCCAUGAAAGUAAAAUGCAUCGCUUUAUAUGGCUAAUUUUUAUUAAUUGAGUCGAUCAUACUUUUGCUUUAUAUUGCAAACGAUAAUUUGCAAUGUACGCGUUUGAAAAUUUACAAAUCACCAGGAAAGGUGAUUUUUCUGCUAAAUGGUGUAUAAAAGCGAAAUGAGAAAAUUGUAUUGUCCUUUGCAUUGUAAAGAUACAUUCCUUGCAGUGUGUAUUAUAUUAUUGCUGUGAAGUUUUUUAGAUACCCUGUUAGGAUAAAUAUUAUUUUUAUAUGCGUACCUGAUGUAGGUAAUUUUUGCAUAAAAAUACGAAAGAGAGAACAACUUGUAUUGUGUACAUGUAGAUUGAGUGGCUGUAAAUUUUUUAAGUAGAGUAACUUAAUUCUUAUUAUUUUUUAAACAAACGACAACUUCCACUUUCUUAUCCCUGAAAAAGAAGCGGAAAUACUGUAAUAAACUUUGGGAAUUUCUAGGAUCAUAAUUUCCGUAUAUUUCGCAGCUUAAUGUUUAGAGGAUAUCAAAUGCCGAUAGAAGACAGCUUCCUAAUUCAUAUUUUCAAUCUUCUUGAAAAAAAAAGGGAAAUUUGUACGUGCGAAAUCUGAACACAGCAGAAGUAAGCUACAGAAAUCUAAUGCGCAGUCACAUGAGACAUAAAAUUAUACUGCACAGUCAUACGUAUCAGACAGUAUUAAAAGGGAUUUUCACUGACUGGAGAUCCCGAUUUUCAAAAAAUGUAUGGACUCAUACAAAAAUUAAUAAAAAACCAUCAGAUUUUUGACAAAAUGUCAAAUUUAUACGUUCUUUUGGUAAGUCGAACUGAAAAGAAUACAAAAUUAAGAAAUAUUAUUCAGUUAUUUUUAAUUUUCAAUGCGUAGUUGGGUUCAGUUGCGUGACAUGAUAUUUGUUUUAUAUUUUAAUUGAUCAUCUCUUAGGGAAACUCGUCUAAAAAAUUGUGUAACUUGUAUAAAAGUGAUGUCUCAAAGUCGUAUCACUUCGGUGGCUGCGCAGUAGAGCUUAAUCGUUAUUUGGACUACGCAGUAGAGUUUCAAGGCGCGUAUGGCUGCGCAGUAAUUAUAUAUUACUUUCGUGGCUGCGCUGUUCUAUAGUACUUAAGACUGCGCAAAAAACCUAUAUGGUAUUCUUGGUUGCGCAAAAAGCCCUGUUAGGAUAAUAAAUCCGUAGAUUAAAAAUGUUUUAAUUAACCUUUAACCGGAACUACAGGUCUAGAUGACUCAGGAAUAAUUUGGUUUACACAAUAUCUCCCAUUUAAAUGCCAAAACGAAGGACAUAGAAUAAAAAAAUGAUGAAAAACGUAAUUUAAUUUUGUUUUGUUUUCGAAAAAAAUGUUCUCUUGAAUUAACACCUUUGUAAAGUAUAAACUAUUAUAUUUAUUUUUGUGUAAAAGUGCACUAUUUCAAGAGUAGGCAGUUCAAUUUUGGUGCAAAAAUAAUAAGAAUUGAAAAAGUUAUCUAAUUUUGUUGAAAAAAAUCGGCAUUUUUUAACUUACUCUUCCGAUUUUAAUUUUAUAGAAUAUUUUAAUAUAUGUAUAUCUAUUCCAAAAAUAUUCGCGGUAAAUUUUAAGGAGUUAAACAAAAUAGAUGAAUUUUUACAGCCCGAAAAAAAUGCAUUCUCUGGUUGCAGUACGCCUUUAAAGUUGGUGAUGGGUCCAUCGGACCCAGUGUGCCUUUUAUGUUCCAUGCAGGAAGUGUGUCGGUUAAGGGUUAAUUCUUCCAGAUCCAUUCGGGUUUGUGACUACUAAACUUGAAUCGUAAAACUUCAGUUCAGAUUUUGCACAGGCGAAAAUGAAAAUUAUAUUUGAUAAACAAAACCUGUCGAGCUGCAGUAAGCUUUUGAUAAAUUUAGGAAAAAAAUAGAAGUCAGUCAUUCUAACGUGACAAAUCCGAGUAAUAAGCGUUGAGGCGUUCGGAUUGUGAAAAGCCCUAUUUAAUGCUACUAAACCCCAUAGAGAGAUACAUAAUAUCGAGAAUGGUUAAACAAGGCGUGACCCCGUUGCGGCAUCAAAGUUAGGGUCGAGUAUUGUUCGUGGCGCAUCACAAUUAGAUCAACUGAACACGUGCAGCCUAUACUUGCCGCUGCAUCUUCCCUUUCAUGCCAACCCCUCUGCUAAUUCGUUGUUCAAAACAGUGCAUUUUCCCCAAAAGUGCGAAAAACCUGAAUAAAUUUGUCAGGCGACAAUUUAAUGUAUUUUUUCAGCCACGCAGGUGCAGAACGCUUGUUUAUAUGUACAUAAGCUUGUAUUUUUGUAGAACUGUACUUACGAGGCACAAAGAUUUAUCGAAUUGUAAAUAUAAAUAGUUCUACUUUUCAGAGACACAAACAGAUUAUUAACGAUUGUGUAAUUGCUAAUGCGAUGUUGUACUUAUGUAAUAUUUUGGCAUACAGGGAUUUAUAACUGGGUUUUCAUUUUUUUCUGAUUCAGAAUCAAAGUUAAAUUUCUUUUCAAACUGUGUCACGUGUUUAAUUAAAUCGCAUUAUAUAUUGAAAAAUAUAUCUAUUGUGCUGGAAUUGUGGGAAAUGGUUCAAAAUAUGUAAGGGCACGUCUGCCUAGCCUAUUUGAGUUUUUUUUAAAUAGUGUAAUUUUAUUAAUUUUUAACUCGGAAUUUAAAUUUAGUGCUUUAGUGCCCUGGCUCAAAUGGAAUUAAUAUUUUAAUUCUUGAAUUUAUAAAGCCGCCGAUAAUAUUACCAUCUAAUUGGUCACGUGACACUCUGGUAUAUGCGCUUAAAUUCUCUUGCUUAAACAAUAAUAUUAUUGCAUUUAAAUUGACUUAAAUAAGUAAUUUUACUUGCAUGCAUUUUCUAUCGGAUUAGGGAAAUCAGUUAUGAACCGUGUUUGUCAAAUUACUGGCGUUAUGACAAUUAAAAAUUACAAAAAUAA